CGGGUUCGUUAAUUAUUCGCUGACGUGACACAAACGAAGUGUCCGUAACACGGCUAGCAAUUCAAGUUAUUCAAGAUAUCAACCGGGAAAAAAGCUGUCAUCUGCAGAUAAAUUGCAACCCUCCGUGAAAGUUUGUUCACUUAAGCAAGGCAGCUAAUGUUGUAUGGUUUUACAGGAAGUUUAAUAAGCGACCUCACACUCGCUUCUGAAACGAAUUGCUACUCAGCGAAUCGAUGAAGCGUACACAAAGCCUAAGACAGGGACAAGUAUGGAAGAGACCAGAAAUAAUGAAAUGCCUAUUCCGCGACUCGCCGAACUACAAAAGGAAAUCGAACGACUAUCCUCGGAGAGGAACCAAUAUCUCGAUACGCUGAGCAAUAGCGACAUCUUGAAAUUACAGCUUCGAGAAACGAGGAAAGAUGCCAAGUUAUUAUCAAAACAAAGAAAGAAGUUGCAGGCGAUGGCUGAUAUCGAAGGAGCCAACGAAGAGACUCCAGAACAGCCACAAGAAGACCAGACUUCGAAACCGGAAAAUCACAUUCCUUCUGAAAUAAACCUUGGUGCAUCUGAAGAAGCUUUUCUUUCCAGGGAACAAACGUACUCUUUUCCUUCGGAAGAAAAUUUCUCCCCUCCUCUGUCCCCGCAGGACUCCGGAAUGAACGGUCAUAUCUCACCAGCCCUCCCUGCCUCGUCCGGCAUUGCGAAGACCCAAAAGUCACCUGAGUGGGGUGCCCUGGAUGCAAAAACUGAAGCCAAUGCCCUGCGGAUCGAAAACCGAGACUUGGUUCGAAUCAAGAGAAAACAGGAAGAACAGGUUCGUAGCUUGGUUCAGGAAGUCGGAACACUGGGCACAAGGUGUAAAGAGCUUGAGAGUAUUGCACAGCGCCUUGAAACAGAAAAUCAUCGCCUUUCGCAGCAAUUGGUGCAUAGUAGUGCACAGAACAGUUACAACUUCAGGCCACACGAAGAAAUGGAGCUCUUGAGGGCGCAGUUAAAAGUGUAUGAGGACGAUUUUAAGAAAGAGAGAUCUGAAAGAGAGAAUCUGAAUACACAGAAAGAACGCCUGAAGAGAGAGUUGAGUGACGCCAAAGCUACUAUUGCUGGUCUCCAGCGGCAACUUAAACAGGCUCUCAACGGAGAAGGUGGGUAUGGCGAGCCACGUGACAUGCAUGGACCAAUCAUGAGUGAACCCUACUAUGAACCUUAUGUGGUGAGGCACCCGCUGGAUUAUGGGAUGGCACGUACAUACUCAGGGGGGUACAUUGGUCCUGGUGCUAGCAAAGAUGUGCUUCGAAGAGGACAGACGCCGUACGUCAGAAAGGCGUUCCUCUCACCAGAUAUGACAGCUGUCAUUGAUCGUGACGUGGUAGAUGGCUCAGCUAAAGAUCCUCCUAAAAGCAUCUAGGGGCUAAACUUCGCAAGGCCGAUUUCCAAAAUUUUUUGCGACUAGCAACUUCCACUUGCUACGCUCUGUAACAAUACAUGUAUCGUCUUGUCUUGAGGUGAUUAAUUCAUUACAUUGCUGAAUGAUAAGAGGCUUUUCAAACUGAGAAAUAAAGGACUCUUUAAUUAUUUCUCCGGCGUUGAAUAUCACGUGUACAGUGCGUGUGCUUCAGAAGGCCAAAGUCCAUGUUUUCUCGAGAUUGUAACAAGUUGAAGGGAAGAUUGUUUACAAUGAUAUAUAUACGGGUGUAAACAAACUGAUACUUGCUUACGGGGUUUUUAUGUUCUUUUUUUUUUUUGCAUAUUUCCCAAUGCUUUCAAUAGCUGAGCGCAUAACUCUUUUCCUAUUUUUGUGGGCUUAACCUUUCCACAUGUCUGAAUAGAAAGCGCACUUUGUAAUCCAUGAGGCAGAGUAAAUCUAUGACUUCAAACGUAAUUCGAAAAUAGACAGUACCUCAUGAAAUUACUGUGCGAUAGCUUUGAUUUCAAUGAUCUACGACGUAAUAAACUACCACAAAAUUACUACUCCUUAGCUUUCAUUUGAAUAGUCACACUCUAGGGUUUCAUAAAAAAAAACAAAGAAUUAAAAGUUAGACGAGCCACAUAUCACAGCUUCAUGAACAGUAGCACGUAAGAGUACUGCCUCAAUAGAUUUCAUUGGUGGCCACCUUAAAGGUUUCCCAGCUUUAUCUGCUUAGCUAACUCGUAUUUCACUGCGCAAUCUGGUUGCAAGGCUAAUUUUCGGGUGAAUUUUUUUGGGUGCUAAAGAAGAUGCAUUGUUUUAUUUUUAUUAUUAUUUUAUUUCUGUGUUCCGGAUUUGUGUUUAUCCGCCUGUAAUUUAAUCGUUAUAAACAUUGUCCCGCUAGUGUUAUGGUUUCUGCAGAGAAUGCUUUGGUUAAAUCACUCUAUUUUGAAUAUAUAAUUUGGUAAUUCAGUUGUAGUUGUAUUGCUUUUUAUAGCCUUAAUUUUGGGUCUCGCUUUUGCUGAACAUUUAGUUCAGAGGAGCUAUGAUUGAAGAAUAUUUUUGCCAGUAAUAUUUGAUAGCUAUAGCAAAACUUUGGCGAGAGAGCUUGUGCAGCAGUGGUUGCAAGUGUGAAGUCAGUUUACGAGUUCAAAUUGAACAAGGGUUCAUAGGCUGAAAGAAGUAGGGUAAUGCUAGAAAUACAGUAAUAGAAGUUUGUUUUUAUUAAAGGCCAAAAAAAAUAAAUAAAACUUCUUUAAAUGAA